AUGUCUGAACCACAAAGUAUCACCGAUGUGAUUGAAACACGACGAAGAUCACGCUCGAAAACACCUAGCAUCGUCCAACACGUUAGUUCUGAACGCGAUGUGAACGGCGCAGAAUCUGGCCUCCGGAAGGUCAGAAAAACGCCCGCCGUCGGAACGAUCGAAGAGGAGGAUCCAUCGGUCGUUAACGCAAAGUCUAUCCCGGGACGAACUACUCCGUUGCGAAAGAUUCGUGUCGUCACAUCCGAUUAUUCUUCGGACGAUGUAUCACCAGAACACGUGCGGCAGCUGGCGGGGGCCAUGGCAGCCAAUGCCAAUACGCAGUUGGCCAAGAUGAGUGGACAACAACAGCUGAGCCAAUCUGCCGUUACCACCACCACAUCGACGACAACUACGGAGCAAACGACUGUCAUUCUUGGCGGUGGUAAAGAGAAGGUAAACACGGUUCAAAUCACACACACCAGCUCGAGUGGAAACGAUCGAGGACAAGAAGUCCUUUCGACGUCACCGAAGAAAGACGCCAGCUCGGUGAAAACGGCAUUAGGGAAACAGGAAGAGGUUCGCACAACAACGAGAAGCAGUAAAACAUCAGUUAGCACAGGUACCAGUGUGAUUCGAACCAGUACACCCAAGUAUGCCGCUCAAAAGAUGCAUUCAGCAAAGGUGGUCCUCACGCCGGAGGAGCUGCAGCAGCAUGCUGCCUACAAAGAGUACCUGGAAGCGGGCGAAUACUGGAACAAGUACCCGAAAACGGACUACACAUACUCGGAGCUGUCGCCGCAUCGACGAGAGGUAGCUCCAGGGUUAGUUGCCAUGCCCAACAUGUCCCGGCCAAGCCUAAACAAACAUGCAGAACGAGUGCAGACGAUGAUCCAGCAAAACCCAGAUAAGGAGGCGUACAUUCGCGAACGGUACACCUCGGCCCGGUCAAGGUUCAUGCGGUCCGAUCCGUACGAAUCCACCGACGAGGUUGACGAACUGCCAAAUUCCUCCCGCUACAACAGUGGUCAACGGCGUCAGCAGCAGCGGAUUACCAUCGAACAUCAGUCCAUAGUUAGCCGGUUCUUUCUGUCCAUUGUCACUUUUUGCUUUACGUGCGUUGAUACUGUACGUAGCGUUUUUCGUCGGCGAGAAGAAGAGCAUUUGUAUUACACGCGCAUUGAAGACGAACGAAGUUUCCUUGUUCGAGUUUACGGUUUCGUAUCGUCGUUAUUCAUUAACGUUUUCAAGCGUAUUUAUUUGCUGGUAUCAUCCGUAUUAUUUUUGGACGCCUGGUUGUUGCAGACGUCCGCAGCAAAUAGUGAUCAACAGCAAGCCAAUCAACGGAAACGCCGUUUUCUGUUGUUCCUGCUGAUGUUGUUGCCUUUCCUGUUAAUCGGAGCGUACCUGUUGGCCGAGGAUGACCAAACUAUUGUAUUGCCCGCCUCCUCCCGUGCCACGCUGGCACUCUCCUCGAUCUCUAAUAUUCUUCCAGCAACUAUAAAAGAUUCGGAAAUGAAUAUAAAAUCACUGUAUCGCUACAUUGCGAUGAUGAAUCAGAAGCUCUCUGACUCAUCAGUUGCGUCACUAUUUCCGUCGUUUGGCUGGCUAUCAACUCUCACAUGGCCCUGGUCGUGGUCAUGGUUAUGGUCGGGAUGGAAUGCAGAUGCUAGACACGGAUCCAUUAAUCGUGAAACGAUUCGAAGUACCCUCCAGAACACGCUCAGCAAGAAAGAAUUCGACGAACUAAUUCUCCAUAUCGAUGCGUACAUCGACGGGGUGAUGGAACAAAAGUAUGCUCUUAAAACUGAAUCCGCGCGGCAAAUGUUCGAAACGGGCAGACAAAUUACCCCCGAGAUAACCUUCCAUGUGGCGCAGGUUAUCGAAGAAAGCUUGAAGUCGUACAACUAUCAACUAACAGACAGCGAUAUCGAUAAAGUGGCAGAAAAAGUUCGGCAAGCUAUGCUCACAAGCUAUCCGGAAAUGUUUAUGAAACAGUCGAAAACCGAGGAUAAAGCUACCCCGGAAGGAGGUAAAGUUAAGCUCUCAAAAGAGUACGUAUUGGAAAUUCAGCGUGUGGUAGAACAGCAGAUUACUGUGCAUAAUAAUCAGUAUCUCAUCAGUGGGCCCCAACUUGAGGAACUUCUUACACAGAUUCUAUCCUCGGACCGCCUGAGUACCUUGAUUGACGAAAGGAUCAUCAUACAUCGCAAUGCUGAAUCCAACGAACGUGUCACAGAUGUUGAUAGCCAACACAACGCCCUGGUGGAGGAUUUACGGAAGGAAAUGAACGAUAUUAAGGCGCACUUCAGCGAACAGUUGCUGAGCAACAGUUUGCAGUGGGAAGAGCGCUUAGAAACUAUGAAGCAAAACCACGUUCACUUCAGCGAGCAGCUUCGGCUAUACAAGCUAGAAAACAACGAUCUCUAUCAAAAGCUGUUGGCUGAUAUUGACGAACGUUUAAGUGCAUUACGCGAGGAAAAGUACGAAGGCGUAAACAAGGUUAUCAGAGAGAACAUCAUUACAAUAUUAGGGCUCAAUGUGAAGCAAGACAUCGCGGAAGAGGAUCUUCGAGCAUGGAUGAACGGCUUGUUUGUUGCUCGGGAUCAUUUGGAGCAGCGACUGGCGGAAAUUCAGGCACGAGUGGAUGUAAAUGCACGUGAAGAAAUAGAUCGAACCGCAAGUAGCUUGAUGAAUCAAGUCGGCGAAAAGAUUCAUGCUGAAAUUGAGAUCCGGAUGGAAGAAGCGCGUCAGGCUCAAAUUGUCGCUACCAGCCAGACAACAGUCAGCCCAGAAACUACGUCAUCUGUUAGAAAUAAGGUUAGGACCACUUCUAGUUUGACCGAGGACGACGUGAAACGUAUCGUUCGAGAUGCGCUAAUUGUUUAUGAUGCCGACAAGACCGGCAUGGUGGAUUACGCUCUUGAAUCCGCCGGGGGGCAGGUCCUCUCGACUCGAUGCACAGAAAGCUAUCAAGCAAGCUCGGCCGAGCUUCGAAUUUUCGGCAUUAUCCCCAUCUGGUAUUCGUCCAAUACACCGCGAACAGUGAUUUCUCCCACAAUGGAACCCGGUCAGUGCUGGGCGUUUCAAGGGUUCCCCGGCUAUUUGGUCAUACAAUUAAAUACUGAGGUAAUCGUGACUGGCUUCACGCUGGAGCAUAUUUCCAAACUGCUUGUUUCGAACGGAUCAAUUAGCUCUGCCCCACGGCACUUCACAGUUUGGGGUCUGCUGGCACUAAACGAUCCCGAACCUGUCCAGCUAGGCAGCUACGAGUACCUGGACAAAAUGGGUACUAGCGUCCAGUACUUCCCGGUUCAGAACCAGGGCUGGAACCAACCGCUGCAGAUCGUCGAAUUGCGCAUCGAAUCAAACCAUGGCAACAUCCACUACACCUGUCUGUAUCGGUUUCGGGUGCAUGGAGAAAAGGUUUAA